AUGACUGGCAUUGCGCCCAAAGUGUCGCUAAUUAUGUCCCAAAGUGUCUCAUAUCUGAAAGCAUUGUCACAAGUGUUUUGGUCGGAGAAGGUGUGGAUUCCGCCCAAUACUACUUGGGCUCAGUAUGAAGACAACUACCGCCACUUCAAUGACAUCUACUAUUCACUCAUCACUGCUGUCCUCCUCAUCGGAGUGCGGCUCACCCUCGAGAGGUAUAUCUAUGCGCCGAUCGGCAUAUACUUAGGUCUGCGGCCCAACCACGGCAAGAGUCCGCCGCAUAACCCCCUCCUCGACACCGCUUUUCGCGCCUCCAAAGCCAAGUUUAGUCACAAACAGAUCCAAGGAUUAGCCAAACAAUUGGAUUGGAGUGAACGACAGGUGCAGAGAUGGGUGCGUCUGAAGAGCGCACAGAAUAGGCCGACAGUGCUCUCGAAGUUCACUGAAAGCGCAUGGAGAUGUAAUUUCUAUUUCGUUUCCUUCGUUUACGGCGUUUAUGUUCUUUGGGACACCAUUUCGAGCGGCGAAUGGUUUUACUAUAACUUUGAGACCGCUUUCUAUUUGGCUCUACUUUUCUCACAGUUUUUUGAUGUCCAAAGAAAAGACUUUUGGGCGAUGUUUGUCCACCAUGUGGUCACUCUA